AUGAUUACUCUGGAUCUGUGUGUGUGUGUGUGUGUGUGUGUGUGUGUGUGUGUGUGUGUGUGUGUGUGUGUGGUGGAAGUUGGAGCCAGCGCUAAUUAUGAAACCGACACAAGUUACCGCUACAUCCGGGAGAUGCUGCCACCACUGUCAUCACGGCUAUCACUGGGCUCUGUGCCGGCUGCAACAGACCUCCAAAGCUUCCUGGAAGGGCCCUUGGCUCGGAAGCUGCCAGUGCACAAAAGGCUUGGCAUCAUCCAGCAGAAUGCCGACAUCACGGACUACAUCACCCUGGACGAAGAUGCCGACCGCAACGUGAAGGACACAUCUGGUGCCACAGUUCAACGGAAACGGCCUGACUACGUCUGCUGGAUAAAUAACGCCCUAGUAUUUAAGGGCGAGGAUAAGGCAUCGGCAUCAGGCAUGCCGGUGGCUAUUAAAGAGCUAUCGGACAAGAUGGCACGCACGUGGGUGCCAGAGCUGCUGCCUGGCGUCAGCAUGCCGUGCAUGAUAGCCUACGCGGCUGCUGGUACCAUGCUCCAGUUUUUUUCCAUCCGGAACAGUGGUAAAGUUGAAUUGAGCCCAAUCAGCAGUCUCUACGAUCUGAGCACGCCCUUGGGGCGCAUCCGAGCCUUGCACUGCAUCGUGCGCCUGCUGGCAUCGUACGCGCCACACUCGCCUAAGAUUCCGGUCGCCCUCGGAAGCGAGAUUCAAUCCAUGGGUUACCGUGGAGAGCUCCUCCGGACCGUCAGAUUCUUUGAAGAUUUUGUACAGAAGCGUGUCUAUAAUUUCGAGGAGCAGCAUUCUGGUGUUAACGAUUUCAGCCUUCUCAAGGAGCUGUACACCAAUGCCACGCUGGCGCAGUGCCCAAACCUUGUACGUCUCCAUACACCUGAUGCCAUCAGCCUGGACGGCGGGACGCUGGUGCUGCACUUGGUGCCCCACGGUGUGCCGCAGUACGGGCCGCCUGGGGGCGAGGCCAGCCUUAAGCAGGCGAUUCGGGACGUGCUCACUGGCAUUGAGGCGCUCAUGCAGCAGGCUUCGUGCACCGAGACAUUCACUGGGGCAAUGUGAUCAUGGUGCCAGGCUCAGCACCCAACGUGGCGGAUAGGUUCAUCCUGAUGGAUUUGGAGCAUGCCGGGCGGGCUGACAGCUCUCAGGACUGCCGCCAGUCACCUUUUCCCCUGGCGACGUGGCCGGAGUUCAACCCCAUCCUGGAUUCGGUGGAUGGCCGCUACACGCGCGCUUCGGACCUCUGCCUCGUGUCGCACCGCCUUCUGGCCUACCUGCCCUUCGAGCUCAGCGCCAGCGGUGUGGCCUUCAAGCGCGCACUGUCUAACCGGGAGCUGGAUGCUAGGGGCGCACUGGCGCACGAGUGGCUUGCGGGGAUAUGA